AUGGCAGGCAAAUCUGUAAGCUUCUAUACACAUUGCUCUGUGAUACAGAAUUUCUGCGACACGAACUUGGAGGUUGUCGCGAAGUGGUUGAGUUGUAACGGCGAGAUAUGGGGGGUGGGACCGACGGCGGUGUUUGCCAGUGCAGCCGCCCUCUUCCUCUACAACGAGCUGGAGGCCACCGUGUUCAUCGCUGGAGACCAGGCACACGUCUCCUGGCUAGAAAAGACUUUGAUUUCCACUAUGGUUCUUGGUAUGCUGGCUCUGAUGAUCCACCUGUGGGUCUGUUCCAUGCGCUUCUUCCAGUACUACCUGGACACGCUUAUAAGAGAUAGUCCGAGCAUGCUAUUGGAGAUGACGACAGCGAGUCUGCUGGGCGGGCAGGCUGAGAUCAUGCCGCUAGGCCCGCUGACCAGGUUCCUACGCCAGCAGCAACCGCAGAUCCACAUGACGGUCUGCUGGUUCCUGUCACUCUGCUACGCAGACUACGUUCGUAAAAACUACUGCCAGAGGUUCAACAUGCCGUAUUUGGAACAGUGGCAAACCGAGUUGCACAGCCGUGCCGUACGGGGACUCCACAGCACAGUGGAGAAGGUCAACAGCUUUGUCGGCUCCGUCCAUCAACGGCUGCGAGGGUUUGCACCACCAGGUCACAUGGAAACCUGCCCGAUGACGGACUGCACCACGUAUACAGUGGGAGCGCGUCUUGUAAAAAGUCAUCAGUCAACGUCAGCGACACAUGCAGUCGGGUCUCUUGGGGUGAUAAGCAACCGUGUGAAUCUACCGCGGCGCUUUCAAAACCGCAGAAAGAUUUCGAUGUACGGCUGGUCACCCAGUCGAACGAGACCACUGAUGCUAUCGAAAAACUUAGGAACUACGUCGCAUCGACGAGGUGCACGUGCAAUCCACAGGACUCCGGCGUCGUUGGUGCUAUCGCCGAUAAAGAACCCAAGUCUUGAAGACUGUCCCUGGAGAAGCAUAGAGAAGAUUCCGUUCAAUACACUUGUUAGAUGA